AUGGUGAUGAAUAUCUAUCUGCAGAAACAAAAAUUCCCAACUUCUUUGAUGCGUUUCCCUUUAUGGAAUCUUCAUCUUCUCCAAAGAUUCUCCCUUUGGUCAAUGAAAAAAGAUCCAGAUCUUGAAGCAGCCUUAACAAGAAACCAUAGAUGGAUCAUAAACAACCAGAUUAAAAACAUAAUCUUGCGAUGUCCAGAUCAUGUAGCAUCAGUUAAUUACCUCCAAAAAAAGUUCAAAACUCUUGAUCUUCAAGGAAAAGCCAUGAAUUGGCUUAAGAAAUACCCCUGUUGCUUUGAAGUGUUCUUAGAAAACGAUGAAUACCAUUGUCAACUUACUAAAAAGAUGCUUUCUUUAGUACAAGAAGAAGAAUCCAUAAAAGAUAUGCAAGAAUCUGUAGUCGUUGAAAGAUUAGCAAAGUUGUUAAUGAUGAUUUGUAAUCAUAAACUCAGUGUCUCAAAGUUAAACGAGUUCAAAAGAAAUUUAGGGUUACCAGAUGAUUAUCUAAUAAGAAUCAUACCAAAACAUCUUGAUAUGUUUCGUGUAGUUAAUUAUAGUGGAAGAAAAACUUCCAUGGAAAUCGAACUCAUGAAAUGGAAUCCAGAGUUGGCUGUUUCCGUUGUUGAGAAAACAGCUCAAGAAAAUGGUCGGAAUCCGUCAUUCCAAUGUUCAUUACCUUUAUCUUGGGUGAAAUCAUGGGAAAGAUUUAAUGAAUUCAAUUCCUCUCCUUACAUUUCACCUUAUGUGAAUGAUAGAGAGUUGGAAAAGGACAAGAGAAGAAUUGGUGUGAUUCAUGAGUUUUUGUCACUUACAUUAUGGAAGAAAGCAUCGAUUAUGAAAUUGGGUCAUUUGAAGAGGGAGUUGUGUUUACCUGAGAAGUUGAAUGUUUUGCUUUUAAAGCAUCCGGGAAUAUUCUAUGUUUCGAAUAAGUAUCAAAUUUAUACGGUUGUGCUUAGAGAAGGGUAUAAAGGGUCAGAACUUGUCCACAAAGAUCCACUUGUUGUUGUGAAGGAUAAAUUUGGGGAAUUGAUGCAAGAGGGAGUUCAUGAGUAUAAUAGGAGACACCAUUUGUUGAAUUUAGAAAAAAAGAGAAAGAAAGGAAUGGAUAUGAUGGAAACAAAAGUAGGGAAGAAGAAGAAGGACUCUGUUGAUGCUCAUGAACUUUCUGAUGAAGAUGGUGAUCUUGGUGGCAUCUUUGAUCCUGAGGAAAGGAAACGUUUUUAUAAAGUUCUGUUUGAAGACAAGGGUCCAUGA